AUGGUCCUUCAUUGUGGAGACCUUUUUGUUCCUCCUUUACCUCCCAACUUUGGGAAGGGUGCUGGCAGGCCUUCAAAGGCAACAAGAAAAGAUCAAGAAGAGCCUAAAAAGAAAGGGAAAAAGAUAAGAAGGAAACAACCAAUGAAAAUGAAGAGGCAACAGCCAACUGUGAGGUGCAAAAAGUAUAGCAUGGCUGGCCACAAUGCAAGGUCUAGUGAGAAAAGAAAGGAGAAAGAAAUGAACACUCUAAGCCAAAACCAAAUAACUCAAGAAGUAGACAACUCUUCAUUGAAAAGAGCUUUUGAUACAAAACUUGAAAGAAAAAGAGCAAGAUCUGCUGCUGACAGAGGUAAAAGGAAAAGGGCAGAGAUGGCCACAGUUGGGACAGAACAAUCCUCACAAAAUCCUACACUUUUUCCACCAGUGAUAAGGCAUGAAGAAGAAGAUGAGGAGCUGCAGUCAUUGUGUGAACUCAUUGAUGAGUUUGAAAUCCCUAGAGUUGCCAAUCAGCCCGAGUCUACCCCUUACCAACAGCUGCAGAGUUCAAUACAAUCAAGAGAUGAAAACUAA